GUCAUCUGCAGAAAAAGCGCAGGACACAAGCUGAACAAAGAUCAUCACCUCUCAAAGCGGCUAGUUGUCCCAACCGGGGUAGCAUUCCCGUGCAACGUUCGGGUGCUCUCCACUCCCCGCCCCGCAUUUUACCCCACGCGCGGCACCCAACACCGCCUUGUCAGCGGCAAUCACUUGUCCUGCUGCCCGGCGGCAAGCGGGGGUCAGAGUGUCCGAUUCGCGACCCCUCAAUGCAAAUCCCACCCCGUGUAUUCCCCAAUCUUGACACUCCCCGGCGGCUGACCGCAAAAACUGGCAAACAUGCUGCGCACCCUGCUCAGAAGGAAGCCUUCUCCUUUGAGAAUCAGUCUCAAAGGCCCCUGCGAGACAAAGAGAAGCCUCCUGACCAAAGCGUUUGCUAGCGGGCCAACACAGCCGCCAUUGCUCGAGCAGACGGUGGACAAACACUUUGCCUCGAUCGUCUCGCAACAUGGAGACCGCCCUGCCGUCAUAUCCCGGCAUCAACGGACGACGCUUUCCUAUGACGCUCUCGACAGAAAAAGCAAUUCUCUGGCACGUGGUAUGCAGAGCAUAGGUGUCAAGAAGGGAGAUCGAAUUGCUGUUUGUCUCGGUGACAACAUAGAAUACACUACCCUCAUCUAUGCCCUCUUCAAAUUGGGUGCAAUUUUGGUUCCGAUAAACCCCGCAUUCAAUGCCACACAGGUUGUUUCCGCGCUCAACCAUCUUGCCGUUAGCCAUAUAGUCAUCGGUACUGAAACCAGACGGCCACGAAAAGAACCAAGAUCUAACGUUCCUCUAUUGAAGCACUUGAUUGCAGAUCUAAAUGGAUCAGCAGGUCAGGUGCACUCUGAGCUCGUGCCAUCCCUGCAAAGCGUUGUCCUCGUAGACAAUUCUGAUGGCCGAGUUGAUGUUCAGAACCUUGGAUUAACUCCCUGGUAUGCUGUCCAAGACGGAGGAAGCGGUGCAGAGAGGCCUUUGCCGGAACAGGGAUUGGAUCCAAAUGAUAUUGUCAACAUUCAGUUUACUUCUGGAACGACUUCGUCGCCAAAAGCAGCAUGCCUUAUAAACAAAGCCAUUUUGAAUAAUGGGAGAAGCAUAGGGGACCGAAUGUUACUGACAAGCAAAGACGUAGUUUGUUGCCCGCCACCUCUGUUCCACUGCUUCGGUUCCGUCCUUGGCUACAUGGCCACAGCCACCCACGGCUCAGCCUUCGUACUUCCAAGCGAAUGCUUCGAUGCCGAGGCCUCUCUACGGGCCGUCCAAGAAUAUGCCUGCACAGCCCUCUACGGCGUCCCGACCAUGUUCCUUGCGGAGCUCGAACUCCUGGCCGCUGGCGUCGUCCCCAAUACAGGCUUCUCGCAGCUCCGUACCGGCAUUGCGGCAGGCAGCUCCGUUCCUGCGGAGGUUAUGAAGAAACUACACAAAGUGCUGAACUUGACGGAGCUGACAAUCUGCUACGGGAUGACGGAGACCAGUCCGGUGAGCGCGAUGACAACGACGGACGAUCCGAUCAAGAAACGCGUCGAGACGGUGGGCAGGCUGAUGCCGCACGUCACGGCCAAAGUGGUGAAUCCGGCGGAUUGGACUCAGGUUCUGAAUGUGGGCGAGCGUGGAGAGCUGACUGUCAGUGGGUAUCUCACGAUGAAGGGCUACUGGGGUGACGAGGAGAGGACUGCAGAAGUGCUUGUGCCGGAUGAAGAGGGCAUGUUGUGGAUGCAUACCGGAGAUGAAGCAUCCAUGGACGAGGAAGGCUAUGUGACCAUCACUGGUCGCAUCAAAGACCUCAUCAUCAAGGGCGGAGAGAACAUCCAUCCAAGCGAGGUGGAAAACUGUCUCCUCGCACACGAUGCUGUCGCAGAAGUGUCCGUUGUUGGCGUGCCAGAUGAGCGCUACGGAGAAGUUGUAUCCGCAUUCAUAGUCGUGCACUCGAAAAUGCAAAUGACAGCGAAGGAAACGAGAGACUUUGUUGGGCAGAACCUGAGCCAUCACCUUGUACCGAAGUAUGUCUUCUGGGUGGAUUCGAUUCCGAAGACGGCCAAUGGAAAGACGCAGAAGUUCAAGCUGAAGGAAACAGCUAUACAGAUGCUAAAAGAUGGAAAAGGUAUCGAGUAAUGUCAGAAAAUUGUAAGAAUUUUCGGUCCACGCGACCAUAGAUCUCAUACGUUUAGACUGUAAAAAUUGAGAGAAGUGCUGCUG